CCCUGGUUUGUUCGGGCCGCUACAGUCCCCGUUUCGCUUUCCUCCUCGUACUGCCGCCGCGCGCGCCCGCCGUUUUGUUCCCCCACUUGGCCCGUGCGAGCCCGGAGGAGGGUUGGGGGGGGGGGGGAUUCGGAUUGGGGGGGGGGGGGGGGGUGGUUUGCUCGCGCCGAGGAGAUCGGGGCGCGGGCGCGUGCCGCGGCGCUCGCCGGGCUCGGUUGGGCGGGAUCGCUUCCGCGCGGCGCGGCCUCCGCGGCCCAUGCCGUGAGCGAAGGCGCUGGCUUUGUCGCCCGGGGGAGAGAUCUUGCGGCCGCAGCAGCAGCAGCCUGAAGCCGGCGCUCUGGUAGCCGAAGCCCAGCGGCGCCCGCCGACCGCCAUGGCUGGCAGCGACGAGGUCAACCGCAACGAGUGCAAGACGGCGGUGCCGAUCCACACAUGGGUGCUCAUCUCCAACUUCAAGCUGGCGUACAACAUGCUCCGGCGGGCGGACGGCACCUUCGACCGCGACCUCGCCGAGUACCUCGACCGCCGGGUGCCGCCCGACGCGCGGGCCCAGGAGGGCGUCUCCUCCUUCGACCACGUCAUCGACCCGUCCAUCGGCCUCGAGGUCCGCAUCUACCGCGCCGCCGCUAGCAACGCCGCGGGCGCGGCCGCGGUCACGCUGCCCAUCCUGGACUUCCUCACCGGCGCGCCGUCCCCGGACCCGUUCCCGGUCAUCCUCUUCUUCCACGGCGGCAGCUUCGCGCACUCCUCGUCCAGCACGGCCAUCUACGACAACCUGUGCCGCCGGUUCGUGAAGCUGAGCAAGGGCGUCGUGCUGUCCGUCAACUACCGGCGCGCCCCCGAGCACCGGUACCCGUGCGCCUACGACGACGGCUGGGCUGCGCUCAAGUGGGCCAUGUCGCAGCCGUUCCUCCGCAGCGGCGAGGACGCCCAGCCCCGCGUGUUCCUCUCUGGCGACAGCUCCGGCGGCAACAUCGCGCACCACGUCGCCGUCCGCGCCGCCGACGCGGGGAUCAAGAUUUCCGGCAACAUCCUUCUUAACGCCAUGUUCGGCGGCACCGAGCGCACCGACUCGGAGCGGCGGCUGGACGGCAAGUACUUCGUCACGCUCCAGGACAGGGACUGGUACUGGAAGGCGUACCUGCCUGAGGACGCCGACCGGGACCACCCGGCGUGCAACCCGUUCGGGCCGAACGGGCGGCGGCUCAGCGGGCUCCCCUUCACCAAGAGCCUCAUCAUCGUGUCGGGCCUGGACCUCACCUGCGACCGGCAGCUGGCGUACGCCGAGGGCCUCCGGGAAGACGGCCACGAUGUCAAGCUCGUGUAUCGCGAGAAGGCGACGGUGGGCUUCUACCUGCUGCCCAACACAGACCACUACCACGAGGUCAUGGAGGAGAUCUCGGACUUCCUCAGGGCUAACCUCUAGUACAUACACAGCUGCUGAUCAUAAAACCCGCCACCGUCGCCUCCUCCUCGACACACACAAUCCACCACUUGUUAUAGCAAGAUGGUAAGCUUGACUUAUAGUUCUGCCUCUUAUAUUGCUGCUUGGGGAUCAUCUGAAUUCCGGCGAUGGCAUGGCUCAUUUGCUGCUGCUGCUGCUGCUGUCCAUGGCAAGACAUCUGAUAAAGACUUUUGGAAAGAAAUCAUGGUGACUUUUGUUCCCUUGUCGUCUCGCCGGAUGAAGGAAAUCGUUCUGCUGAUCGCGAAGCCUGCGUCCCUGGUUGAUGGAGAGAAGCCUAUUAUUUCGCCUUCAAUCACCCUCUGGCUCACCCCCAGAGGAAAUUCAUCUAACAUUCUGUGUACAGUGUUGGACUGAUGGAUCGACAAGGAGGCGGAUGGCCUUUUUGUUGCUUGUGUUUGAUGUAGUAGUUCCUCUUCUGGAUUUGGAUGGGUGCCUAUGCAUACCCUCAAACCUAUCAAUCUACCCAUGUUUUGUGAAACAUAUGUGAUGUUUCCCAAUCUUUAAGGCUAGUGGUAGAGGCACAAGAGAUGUACUGCCCCUCUUUUGUUUCCCCUCCUAACUGCUGGUCUGGUCUGGCCUGGCCUGGCCUGAUCUGGCCCUGUCGUCUCUCUUGAUGUCCUCUGAUCCUUUCUGUAUACAAUGCUGCUGAAAACUGCUGCUAAUGUGUUGUAACGCGUGUACUUUGAAUGCC